UCCGCAUGCGUACACGAUCCCCGAUCGCGCCAGUGACUGUGCUAAAUGGAACUGACCGGCGUUCAAUGUUAAAGAAACAAAAUUUCGACGACAAAGAAGUGAACAUGGCGAUCGAGAGUGUGUCGAGGUACCCCAGCAGCCCGGCCGAGGCGACGGAGCCACCGAAGGCGACGAGGAUAAGCUUCAGCGUGGCCUCCAUCCUGGCCGAUACUAAAGGGAGCGACGAGACGGCGGAGAUGAUCAGACACCACCGCUCCAUCCCGGAGUCGCCUCUCCGUCAAUCGCCAGGCGCGCAGCCCGAGCUGCCCGGCGGGAAGUCGCCGCGAGCGUCGCAGACUCCCCCUCUCAACCUCCACGCACCGACAUCAUCCGACGACGAGUACGAGGAUUCCGUCAACCAGGAGGACUCUAUAGUCGACGUAGAAGACCUACAGAAUGGUAUGCAGAGUGACGAAGAAGAUAGAACGACACCGAGCGACAAAGAGCGGCACGGGCCUAUAAGACCGACCCCGUUCAGUGCGUUAGCGGCGGCGGCGGCGGCCUACCACGGGUUGGGGUGGCCCAGCCCAGCCUCGGUCGUCCCGUCCUUUGGCCCGCUGUUCCAGUCGCAUUUUCCUGUUGGCCACAUAACAGACGCGAACGGCGAGCCGCCCAAACUGAAAUGCAACCUGCGCAAACACAAGCCGAACCGCAAGCCGAGAACGCCGUUCACGGCGCAGCAACUUCGGGCGUUAGAGAGCAAGUUCGUCGACAAACAGUACCUGAGCAUCGCGGAGCGCGCCGAGUUCUCCUCGUCUCUUGGACUAUCUGAGACUCAGGUCAAAAUCUGGUUCCAGAACCGUCGCGCGAAGGCGAAAAGAGUUCAGGAAGCGGAAAUCGAGAAACUCAAGAUGGCGCAGUUCUCCCGCCACCCCCACCACAUGUACCAUCACCCCCUCCAGCAGUAUUUUCCCCACCCCCUAAUGGGGCGCCCCAUGCCGCCCAUGAUGCCCCAUCUGAUGACGUCAGUACCGGGAUCUCCUUCCCCCAGCACGCAGACGAGCGGCCAACAGUGAACAAUGAAAUGCUAGUGGGCUACAAUAAAAUGCUAGUAGACGGCAAUGAAAUGCGAGUAGGCGGUAUUGAAAUGUUAGUCGACGGUAAUGAAACGUUAGUCGACGGAAAUGAAAUGUUAGUGGACAAAGUUAAGAGGGUUUUUACCGUGUGAAAAGUGAAAUCGAUCAUUCGUUAUUUUUGACCAGUGAAUCAACUUUAAAAAGUAUAUGAUUUAAAAUGUAAUUCAAAAAGUAAUGGUCAGUAUGGGAAUUCUGCUUCAAAUUAAUUAA